GCCCGUGACCGAAGCUCCUUGCACAGAUGGCAACAACCAAUGUGCUUAUUGGGCUGCGAUAGGAGAAUGCGAGGCCAACCCGCGCUUCAUGCUGGAAGUGUGCCGCGCAUCAUGCCAUGUGUGCCCUGGGGACGAAGGCGCCUUGCAUGCCAAGCUCUACAGGCAACUGGAGCAAAAAAUGAGUCCUGCCGCAGCGCUCAACGAACCGCACCUUCUCGAGGUCUCCUACAGUCCGCGAGUGUUGCUGGUGGAAGAGUUUCUUUCCGUCGAGGAGUGCGAGGUGCUGAAACAAAUGGCUUCGUCCCACCUACAGGAGGCCAAGACAAUCAACCGAAGCACAGGCGCCGCUUUGCCGGACAAAGUUCGGACAAAUUCCCAGAUGUACUUCGACAAGGCCAGCCACUACAAGGAUCCCUUGGUUGUGGCUCUCCAGCAGCGCAUGCAAAUCCUUGCACGCAUCCCUGCCGGGCAUGCAGAGCCUCUUCAGGUGGGAAGGUAUCGCGUCGGCGAGUUCUACCAGCCACAUUAUGACUCAGAGCCAACGCAGAGUGUACGGCGUGCAGCCACAGUCCUGGUGUACCUCGAGCCACCAGAGGCUGGAGGGGAGACCAUUUUUCCAAAACAUCGCCGGUGUCAGGAGGCGGACUUUGAAGAUUGCUGCUCACGGAUCGAGGAGCUGGUCGUGAAAGAAGGCGGCGGUUUUGCUGUGAAGGCAAAGAAAGGGACUGCCGUGCUUUUCUUCUCUCAUGACUUGGAUGGCCGGCACAAUCCGCUAUCAAUGCAUGCCUCGUGCCCGAUUCUGCAAGGAGAGAAGUGGGUUGCGCAGCAAUGGUUCCGUGUGGAGCCCUAUGCUGGCAGCCCUUUCUUCCAAUUUCUGCUGCAGCCUGGAGGACGGUUGUGGUCACGUUCCUGUUCUCGGGCUUGGUCAUGUUUCAGAUCUUGUCAGAUUCUCUUGAAGGGUCAGACUUGGAUGCAGAGGUCCUUUCGCCCCGAAAAUCAAUUUUCAUGGACGGGUGCAGUUCGUUCCCCUUUGCCCCGAUGA